AUGGCAGAUGGUAAAGCUAACAGCUUGAUGAGCAUCAAUGGUAAAGCUAACAGCUUGAUGAGCAUCAAUGGUAAAGCUAACAGCUUGAUGAGAAUCAAUGGUAAACCAAACAGCUUGAUGAGCAUCAAUGGUAAACCUAACAGCUUGAUGAGCAUCAAUGGUAAACCAAACAGCUUGGUGAGCAUCAAUGGUAAACCAAACAGGAUGAGCAUCAAUGGUAAACCAAACAGGAUGAGCAUCAAUGGUAAACCAAACAGCUUGAUGAGCAUCAAUGGUAAACCAAACAGCUUGAUGAGCAUCAAUGGUAAACCUAACAGCUUGAUGAGCAUCAAUGGUAAACCAAACAGCUUGAUGAGCAUCAAUGGUAAACCAAACAGGAUGAGCAUCAAUGGUAAACCUAACAGCUUGAUGAGCAUCAAAGGUAAACCAAACAGCUUGGUGAGCAUCAAUGGUAAACCAAACAGGAUGAGCAUCAAUGGUAAACCAAACAGCUUGAUGAACAUCAAUGGUAAACCAAACAGCUUCAUGAGCAUCAAUGGUAAACCAAACAGGAUGAGCAUCAACGGUAAACUAAACAGCUAG